AAAGUGCAAAUUAAAACCCCAAAUUGUCCUCUCUGACCAUUGCGGUCGUCUUGCCGCCAAACCCUAGACCUGAAAAAUGGUCCUAAAAUUCCACGAACAAAUAGUCUCCGAUCUCGUCGAAGACCCAAACGGCGGCCUCGUUGUCCUCUCCUCCGGCCUUUCCCUCCCGAAACUCCUCUCUUGUUUCCUCUCUUUUCACUCCCAAUCCAACGGCUCCCUCCUCCUCCUCCAACCCCCUCAACUCUCCUCCUCCCUCAAAUCCCUCCUCCUUUCCCUUUCCCCGGACCUCCCUCUCUCCGAAAUAACCGCCGACCUCCCUUCCUCUAACCGUCUCUCCCUCUACUCCUCCAACCGCAUCAUCCUCCUCUCCCCUCGUAUCCUCAUCGUCGACCUCUUAACCCAAAAGGCACAAACUUCCUUAAUCUCCGGUAUCAUUUUUCUGAACGCGCAUUCGCUCUCGGAAAGCUCGACUGAGUCUUUCAUUGUGAGGAUCAUCAAGACUUUCAAUAAGAAUGUCUCCGUUUACGCGUUCUCCGAAAAGCCCCACUCUAUGGUUUCUGGGUUCGCGAAGACGGAGAGGACAAUGAAAAGUUUGUUCAUCAAGAAGCUUCAUCUUUGGCCGAGGUUUCAAGUGAAUGUGUCGGAGGAAUUGGAGAGGUAUCCGCCGGAAGUGGUGGAUAUACGGGUGCCGAUGAGUAAAUACAUGGUGGGGAUUCAAAAGGCCAUUGUGGAAGUCAUGGAUGCUUGUUUGAAGGAAAUGAGGAAGACUAAUAAGGUUGAUGUGGAGGAUCUGACGGUGGAGAAUGGGUUGUUUAAGUCGUUUGAUGAGAUCGUUAGGAGGCAAUUGGAUCCCAUUUGGCAUACUUUGGGGAAGAAGACGAAGCAGCUCGUUUCGGAUUUGAGAACUUUGAGGAAGUUGUUGGAUUAUCUUGUUAGGUAUGAUGCAGUGAGUUAUUUGAAGUAUUUGGAUACACUUAGAGUGUCGGAGAGUUUUCGAUCCGUUUGGAUAUUUGCAGAGUCCAGUUAUAAGAUCUUCGACUAUGCAAAAAAGCGAGUCUAUCUGUUUGCAAGGUCAGGUGAUACCAAAAGUAAUAAGCCUAGUAAGAACGUGUCUGGAAAAAAGAGAAAAUUGAAUGAGGAUGACAAUAAUAAUGAUGCAGCAAUCGCUGGUACUUCAUCAACAAGUACAAAUAAUAGACUUGUUCUUCAAGAAGUUUUGGAAGAGUCUCCGAAGUGGAAGGUGUUACGUGAGAUCCUUGGAGAGAUAGAAGAGGAAAGACAGAAGCAAGCAUCGUCGGGAGAAGCAUUGUUGGAUGUUGAGGAGGAGAAUAAUGGCAUUAUUUUAGUGGCAUGCAAAGAUGAACGCUUAUGCAUGCAACUUGAAGAUUGCAUCACUAACGGUGCACAGAAGGUCAUGAGGGAUGAAUGGCAGAAGUACCUCUUAAGCAAAGUAGAACUGCGGGGGAUGCAAGUGCCUCAGAAGAAAAAACCUAAAGGUCCUAAAGGUUAUGGGAUUCUUGAUGGUGUUGUUCCGUUAACACCUGCCCAGAAUGCAGAAGUUAGCAGUGCAUGCAAGCAGGAACAUGAAGCAUUAUUAGCAGCAGCAGCAGAGAUAAAAAGAAACCAGGUUAAGAUGGAAAAGGAUGCUGCUGAAGAUCCUGAACCUCAAGUUGGCAGCCACGGCAAUGGGAAAGGAAAGGGAAGAGGAAGGACUAAAAAAGGCGCUGCGUGUAAAAAGCAUUCUAGGAAUAACGACGCCUUCAAUGAUACUGAGGUAGCAAAAGAUGAUAGACCUGAAAUUCAUGGUUCAGAAAAUGAAGGCCAGCUAAAUGAAAUAAACCCUCCAGUUAUUGGCAAUGGGAUCCCUGGAAAGCAUAUUGACAGGAUUGAUGAUACAAAAACGGACAACACUAAGCAAUUACCACCAGUUCACUUUCAUGCUCUGGAGAGAAAACAGCCUAUACUAGAUGUUUUGAAGCCACAUGUAAUAAUUGUUUACCAUCCAGAUAUGACUUUUGUUAGGGAGAUUGAAGUCUACAAAGCAGAGAAUCCUAGGAAAAAGGUGAAGGUCUAUUUUCUAUUCUAUGAUGCUUCUACUGAAGUCCAAAAGUUUGAAGCAAGCAUCCGUAGAGAAAAUGGAGCAUUUGAAUCUUUGAUCAGGCAGAAAUCAAUGAUGAUGAUCCCAGUUGAUCAGAAUGAUUUGUGCCUUGGUGUAAAUUCUUCAUCUGAGUUACAAGGGUCAAGUUCUCAGAACUCAAUCACCAGAAAGGCUGGUGGAAGAAAGGAUGCUGAGAAGGAAAUGCAGGUAAUAGUGGACAUGAGGGAGUUCAUGAGUAGUCUUCCGAAUGUCCUUCACCAGAAGGGCAUGCAUAUAAUUCCAGUAACCUUAGAAGUCGGUGAUUAUGUUCUCUCACCACUUAUUUGUGUCGAGAGGAAAAGCAUUCAAGAUCUUUUUAUGAGUUUCACAUCAGGCCGUCUUUACCACCAAGUGGAAACAAUUGUUCGUUAUUACCGAAUACCUGUGCUUCUAAUUGAGUUUUCACAGGACAAAAGCUUUUCAUUUCAGUCUGCAAGUGAUAUAGGUGAUGAUGUAACACCAACUAAUAUAAUAUCCAAACUGUCAUUGCUUGUUCUGCAUUUCCCACGCCUACGAAUCAUAUGGUCUCGCAGCUUGCAUGCAACUGCCGAAAUAUUUGCUUCACUCAAGGCGAAUCAGGAUGAACCUGACGUGACAAAGGCCAUGAGAGUUGGUGUACCCUCGGAAGAGGGUAUCAUAGAAAAUGAUGUUAGAGGUGAAAACUACAAUACAUCUGCUGUUGAGUUUCUGAGAAGACUCCCAGGAGUUACAGAUUCGAACUACAGGACGAUAAUGGAUGGAUGUAAAAGCUUGGCUGAACUUGCAGUCGUUCCUAUAGAGAAGCUAGCUGAACUAAUGGGUGGACGAAAAGCUGCCCAGAGUCUAAGAGAUUUCCUUGAUGCCAAGUAUCCAACCUUGUUGUAACCCAUCAUGUUUAGUCAAAAACAAGUUCAAAAAUUUCACCAAUACUUUUUUUAUUUCAUUGUAUCACAGGGGAAAGAUAUUUAAAUUAUUGGUGAGCAUUUGGUCAUGGUCGUCGUAGCCUGAGAUGUUUAUUUGAGUUUUCUAUCAGUCUUUUC